GUAAAUCCACGAAUUAUAGAGCAAGGGAAACAUGACAGAAAUAAACAGACUUGGCAAACUUAAAACAGUAUCAGCUAAGUUACCUUAUAUUGCAAUUAUAUAUUUUUAUUUGCAACAUUUCAUAAUGAUAGUGUAUUUUUAAAUUGUGCAAUGAUUAAAUGGUGCAUUCGACAAGACGUUAUAUCUAUAUUGCUGUAUACACAGCUUAAAUAAAUGUAUCAGAUGCAAUUAUUUGUUUCAUUUUACGGGCCAUGUUGUUGCUGUUGUUGUAUUUUUGUUGAUGUAAAAUAGGAUCUUCCUCAUACAUGCUACUGAACAUGUUUGACUUUCUUUAAUUAUCCAUUAACGCAACAAUAAUUUAUUACAUUAAUGAUAUAAACCAAUGCAUGUGCUCUUUUAUCACGUAAAUCGUCGUAAGUUAAAACAAAAAUAUAGUUCCGUUUUUGAAAGGAUUUAUCAAUUUUUAUAUACCACAAAGAAUGAUUUAUUUGUCUGUUUACAUCUUUGUAAAGUUUAGAUUGUUUUUUACCUUAAUAAGAUACCUUAAAUACUUUCAUCACGCCGAUUGUGAACUAUAAUCGUUGCGAUUACAAACUGGUUUUGUCUAUGUUAAUAUUAUAAACUGUUUACAAAAUGAAACUGUUCGUUCAUUUGGCGAGUUGUUUGAUAUUCUUUAGCGUGAAAAUAGUCACGGGAUUGGAUAUACGACUAUGGCCAGUAAAUGCACGAGGAAAUGAGGGGUUUGUCGAGGUAUAUCACGCAGGUUCAUGGGGUUUAAUCGGAAGCCCUGCGUUCAGGUUUUCAGAUGCAACUGCUAGCUUACUUUGCAAGACUUUAGGAUUAAGCGACUUAGGCUAUAGUUCUGGAUGGACUUCCAUAGAUAACUAUGGUGGAUAUAUCUGGACAUAUGGUCUUGAGUGUAACGGAAAUGAGACUAGUAUAGACCAGUGUAACAGACCGGGCAAAUGGGAACGUUACAACUAUUCAAAUACAAGUAGCUGGGAGUAUAGACAUGGUACUAGGCUGUUUUGCGUAGAUUCUCGAAUAAAAGGUGGCCUAAUGCGAAACACGGGAAUAGUUGAAACUUCUUUCGAUGGUAAAACUUACGCCCUUUGUUACGAUGGGAUUGAUAUGAACGCUGCAAACGUCGUUUGUAAUCACCUAGGAUACGAUGGUGCACUCAGCAUAGAGAAGGGAGCAGCAGACACUACUCCACUAUAUGACAUGAAACUAGCAUGCAAAGGUUGUGAAUACUCUUUAACAGAAUGUGACCGCUCAACGAGUUUAAACUCUAAGUGCCUGUAUGCAGCGGUUGUUACAUGUAAAGCUGUUCGGAUUGCACGGAUGAGUCGCUACAUAGACGAAGGACCAGUUGAAGUUUUCAAUGAAGGUUCAUGGGGCUUUGUUGGUAACCCGGGCUUUUCUUUUGAUAAUGAAACAGCAUCGUAUCUUUGUAGAAGAUUUGGCCUGAGUGACGUUGGGUUUAGUACAUCUAGUCACUCAUUGCAGACGUACGGACGGAAAGCAUGGCUAAGUCGGCUUACUUGUAAAGGAGACGAGGCAGAUAUAAUGCAAUGUAGUCACCCGAAUUUCAGUACAGUACCAAUACUGAUGCAUACCUAUAAGUGGGGGACAUGGCUUUAUUGUUUUAGUUAUAAUAUUACUCAAAUUCGUCUGACUGGAGGUAAUUCACAGAACGAAGGCCGGGUGGAGCUUCUCAUUAAUGGCAGAUGGGGUUCUAUUUCAAGUUAUUAUUCGCGAUCCUACAACAUUGAAAAUGCCGCAAAAGUUCUGUGCAAGGAAAUGGGAUACAGCGGACUAGACAUGGUGAUGUAUAAUGGCAAUAUAGGUCGGUCUGACGACCUGUUCUGGAUGUCAGAGGUAUCCUGUAACGGCAAGGAGGAUAGCGUAAUGAAGUGUCGUUUCAUAAAAGGACCACGUCCCAUGACCUAUGUUCACCCUGUCUAUCUUAAAAUCAGAUGUAGCGGCUGACCUGAUACCUAACCAUACAUAUAAGAGGAUACUAUAACAGUUCAGGCAAUUGUCCAAAGUCACAGACCAUCGUUUACUGUGUUAUUUCAGUGUUGUAUCUUUCUUAAUGGUAUUUGGACAUGUUGGUUUUUUAAUUAAACAUAUUUUGCUUUCAUAACACA